AUGGAACUCAACCGAGAAAAUUUUCGCGCCAUAAUUUAUUACAACUUUCAGAGACAAUUAUCGCAACACGAAUGCCUUGCUGAGUUACUGUCUGUUUUCGGCAACGAAGCGCCACAUCAGUCGACAAUUUUCCGUUGGUAUGGAGAAUUCAAACGUGGACGGGUGAGUCUUAGCGACGAUCCCAGGGUGGGUGCACCUAAAACGGCAGACACCCAGGAAAACGUCGAUGCUGUGCACAAACUCAUCAUUGAAGAUAGACAUGCGUCCUUGAAGAUCUCAAAGACCUCAAUUCAAAAAAAUUUACAUGAAGAAUUAGGAGUAAGGAAAUUAGAGCCAGUCAUUGUUAGUGGUGAUGAAUUGUGGAUUUACUGUUAUGAACCAGAAAAUAAACGACAGUCGGCUGUUUGGCCAUCAAAAGUCAUCCGUUCUCGAAGUGUUUCGAAAACGAUGGUCGCGACAUUUGCGUCAAAAGCGGGUCAUACUGCAACAAUUCCUCUUAAUGAGCAAAGAACUGUUACUGCGGAUUGGUAUACCACCAUUUGUUUGCCAAAAGUCAUCACCGAGCUUCGAAAAAUCAACCCCGAGAGAAGAUUCAUCCUUCACCAAGACAAUGCAAGCUCGCACACAGCCCAAAAAACAAGGCAGUAUUUAACGGAAGAAAACGUGGAAUUAUUAUAUAGUCCCGAUCUAAGUCCUAACGAUUCCUUUACUUUCCCGAAAAUUAAAAACAGGCUGCGUGGUCAAAGGUUACAGUCACCAGAAGAAGCAGUUGAUGCAUUCAAAAAUGCCGUUUUGGAUCUGCCAGCAAACGAGUGGAAUAAGUGCUUCGAAAAUUGGUUCGAGCGCAUGCAGAUAAAAAUGGAACUCAACCGAGAACAUUUUCGCGCCAUAAUUUAUUACAACUUUCAGAGACAAUUAUCGCAACAAGAAUGCCUUGAUGAGUUACUGACUGUUUUCGGCAACGAAGCGCCACAUCAGUCGACAAUUUCCCGUUGGUAUGGAGAAUUCAAACGUGGACGGGUGAGUCUUAGCGACGAUCCCAGGGUGGGUGCACCAAAAACGGCAGUCACCCAGGAAAACGUCGAUGCUGUGCGCAAACUCAUCAUUGAAGAUAGACAUGUGACAUAUUGCGAGAUUGAGGCGUCCUUGAAGAUCUCAAAGACCUCAAUUCAAAAAAAUUUAGAUGAAGAAUUAUGA